AUGGCUGGCUCAUUGGACACAGACAACCAGAAUCACGGUAGCACUGCACCUCCUAUAGUUUCUUCUGUUAGCUUUCUCCCACCUACUAUCACGCGAAAUGCCACCACCAACGAAGACUACUUCGACCGGCGCCGCCUCCGCCUGCUGUGCACGCGGAAGAUGCCCGCCACGAUGGAGGACUUCGCCCCCCAAGCGAGUGAAAUCCUCCCGGGCCAACUGUGGCUCAGCGACGUGUACACGGCGACGCUUCCCACUGCACUCGAGCGGCUCGGUAUCACCCAUGUUGUCACCCUCAUGCGCGAGCCCUGGUAUGAGUACGCGCCUGACGUCAGCCAGCUGAUAGUCCCGCUCGACGACACGAUGAGCGAGGACGUGCUCUCGCACUUCGAUCGCGUCUCGGCAUGGAUCCAUGAGGUGCUGAAUAGCGUUCCCCAAGCGCGCGUCCUCGUGCAUUGCGUAUGGGGCGUCAGCAGGAGCCCGACGUUUGUUAUCGCCUUUCUGGUUGUGAAUAUGGGUAUGUCGGUGAUGCAGGCUUUCGACUUUGUCAGGGCGAGGAGGAUUAUCGCGUGCCCUAACCGCGGCUUUAUGUGGCAGCUCAUGCGUUACGAGGCCCGACUGAAGCGUGUGUCUGUACCGGCUUAA